AUGAGCAUCCUUAGCACUCUCUGGGACGAGGUUCUGGGAGGUCCGAAGCCAGAGAAGUGCCAGGAUCGACUUGGGGCUCUGAACAUUCCCCAGUCGCCGUCGAAUUCUGUGGACUUGACUGGCAGUCCUGUGAAUUCACCGAAGCCAUCGUGGGAAGAUGACUUCGAAAAGCGGCGAAGGAGCGUGGAGUGUGGAAGAGUUUCUUCCCAACCCGUGAAUAUAAUUGGCUCAGUAAAGGCCGCAAGGAAGGACCGACAUCUGGAAACAUCGCAUUCUCUUCCAGCCACAUUCAAGCGGGACUACAAGCUGCCUUCGCGGUUUGGAAGUGGCUCCAAGGAUUUCGUGUCUCCUGCUCAGCCACCACACACGGCGGGUUCGGAACCUGAUACAGCUGUCUAUGCUUGGUACAACCCACUACCCGUCUGA